AUGACGAACGGGGAAAGCAACACUCUAGCGGUGCUCGGAUGCGGUGCGCUUGGCACCGCCAUUCUCUCGGGCAUACUUGCUUCUAUGGCAGAUCAGAGAGCCGAUGAUUCGGGUCGCCUGUUUACGAAUUUCGCUGCCUGUGUGCGUCGCAAAGAGACCGGUGCUGCUGUUAGUGAUAAGAUCAGUUCGCACGCCAAUGCGAACAAAGUCGAGAUAUUGAACAAGGAAAAUCUACGGGGCGUCAAGCAAGCAGAUGCUGUUCUCUUAGCCUGCCAACCGCACCUAUACAAAGCUCUAUUCGACGAGCCAGGGAUGCGAGAGGCACUGAAGAAGAAACUGAUCAUCAGCGUGCUGGCUGGCGUUACCACAGCACAACUCGAAGCAGCGCUGGGGAAUGGUGAGGAUUACUUUGUGAUCCGAGCUAUGCCAAAUAUCGCAUGUUUUGUACGAGAUUCUGCAACCGUCAUCGAGAAGCCUCAGCGAACUUUCCCAGAGGCCUUGCUUCACGUCACCGACACCGUCUUCAAAGCCGUGGGCAGCGUCUUUUACAUCCAACCAUCUGCCUAUGACAUAUGUACUGCUCUCUGUGGUUCAUCGCCCGCAUUUCUUGCAGUAUUUAUUGACUCUAUGGUGGAUGGUGCGGUAGCCAUGGGGCUAAGUCACAAGGACGCAGUCGACAUGGCGGCCUACACAAUGAGGGGAGCUGCCAGUUUGGUGCUAGAGAGCGGCAAUCCUUGGACGAUACGACACCAGGUGGCGUCACCUGGAGGCUCGACCAUGCAGGGUCUGCUGGCACUUGAACAAGGAAAUUUGAGAUCGACUAUCUCCAACGCGUUGAUGGUCGCCGCGAAAGAAGCAAAAAAGCUGGGGUCGAAAGAAAACGCGUAG